AUGACAUGCACAUCAACAGACAAGAUCCUCUUGGAACCGUAUCACUACUUGUGCACACACCCAGGAAAGGAAAUACGCUCCAAACUCGUAGACGCAUUCGGACUCUGGCUACACGUUCCUCAAGACAAACUACAACUCAUUCGUGAAUGUGUGGAAAUGCUUCAUACCGCUAGUUUAUUGAUUGACGAUGUCGAGGAUGACUCGGAUUUGAGACGAGGGAUUCCUGUCGCCCACAAGAUAUUUGGCAUUCCCUCGACAAUAAAUUGCGCAAAUUAUGUCUACUUUCUCGCCCUCCAAAAACUAUCCAAUCUCAACGAUCCGCGUGCGGUGCAGAUUUUCACGGAAGAGCUCUUGCAGCUGCAUCGGGGCCAAGGCAUGGAGAUUCACUGGAGGGACACAGGAACAUGUCCCACAGAGGACGAGUACAUUGGCAUGGUCAAGAAUAGUAAGUGUUGUGUUGAGUGUGGUAAGAUGUUUGCAAGCGCUGACGAAGCGUACUAUAACCUCGUUCUAAAAUCAAUUCUGCGUUUUAGUAUACCCAAAACAAGGGGCUUUGCAGAAGACCUUACUGAAGGGAAAUUCUCGUUCCCCAUCAUUCACUGCAUCCGAUCCGAUACCUCCAAUACCCAACUCCAACAUAUCCUGAAACAACGCCCAACAUCCCCUGACCUAAAACAAUUCGCCAUCACAUUAAUGACCAAAACACGGACAUUUGAGUAUUGUAAAAAUGUGUUGCGGGGGAUUGAAGAUGAGGCUCGUGAGGAGAUUCGGCGGUUAGGUGGGAAUGAGGCUUUGGAAGGGUAUCUAGAUUUUGUGGCUGUUGAUUAUGCGGAAUGA